AUGCCUGGCCCUGAAGCGCAGAGCAGCACACAUACCGGGCAGGGUCUGUCUCGGGAGGACGUCGAAGCGAUCCAGGCGGCGAUCAAACCCGCGGCAGAUGGCGAUGGCGACAGCAAGAACGAGACAGCGAACGAUGAUGAUCCUUUCCAGGCUAUCAUUGCAGCCAUGAGGGAGGUCGUGGAGGUCAUCGCCACGAAGCUCGCUCUCGAUGCUCCUGAUGACAGCCAUGUCUCCCCCGGUCGCAGCCCCUCCAGAUCGCGCACGCUGGACGCCGCGACCCGCGCGGUCUCGUACACGCUCCAAGAGCUUGCGCACGAUGUGAGCAGCCUGAUCGACUUACGGGAGCAGCUCGCCGUCGCGAAGGAGUCGCGCAUCGGUGGGAGGGCAGACGUUGGGUCGGGAAGUACCACGCGCGCAGCAGAUGAGGCGAUUGCAGAGCUCGCGCGCUCACUGAUGGUGACAGAGCCGGCAGGUGGCGGGGACGUCGACUUUGAGGAGUACACACCCGGAGACAUCGAAGAGAUGGAGGAGGCACUGGCGGUGCAGACGUCUGAGCUCCACUGCAGUCUCAAAGCGAUGCGGUCCGACAUCGCGGCAUUCGAAGCACCUCGAGUCUGGACCGACACAAUUUUUACGUGGUUCUGGAGUGAUGGGAUGGAACUCAUACUGGAAGACAUUGGGGGUAAGGCCAUGAUACGUGCUUGGGUGAAUAGGCGAGCCGAGGUCGGAGGCAUAGUCAGCCGCGUAGCUUGA